ACGACUGAAUCCCUUCACUUUGCUAAGCGUUUAGCAUCGUCAGCCGACAUCCAUCACCACUCUGUAAUCGUAAUCUCAUGUUGUUGUUCUUUUUCUUUCUUUUUAUUUUGUUUACUUUUGCACAAGCACGAUUUGUUUAGUCUGUUCAUAUCAUAUGUACUGUUUACAUGCUACUUUACAUUAUUUUAGAUGUAAUAUAUAUUUCACCAGUAAUAACUGUUUAAACGCAUGUUUAAAGAUUUAUAUCAGUGAGUGAAAAUCACUUCAGAGUUUUGUUUUGUUUUGUUUUGUUUGUUUGUUUGUUUUUUCAAGGGGGGGGGGGGUUUAAAAAACGGUUAGUGCAUGUUAGCUGUUUGUACUAGACACACGACUCGUUUGUAUACUGAUUGCCAAAUGAAAGAUUCAGGGCCUCGAUUAACGUCGUUACACACUGAACGUUCCUAAAACACUCCUCACGUGUCAUCAGAACUACUUCCUGUUUUGGCGUCAUCACAGAACACGUAUAGUUCUAGAACCCAGUUCGAGGGGAUUCCGUGAUGCGAAGUAGCAUAAUCCGGGCUUAUUUGAAAUAGUUAAGCUCGGACUAACCAUCCAUGAUUGCGGAAACAGCUAAAUGUCUCACCAUGUCCAGGAAAGUCGUCAGGACAAGUAAAUUCCGCCACGUCUUCGGCCAGGCCUUGAAGGCGGACCAGUGCUACGAUGACAUCAGGAUCUCUCAGAUGACGUGGGACAGCAACUUCUGUUCCGUCAACCCUAAGUUCGUGGCCAUGAUCGUGGACGCCAGCGGAGGAGGAGCCUUCAUCGUCCUGCCGCUCAGCAAGACGGGACGUAUCGAUAUGUCUCAGCCCACCGUCUGCGGACACACCGGACCCGUGCUGGACAUCGAGUGGUGUCCACAUAAUGACAACAUCAUCGCCAGUGGCUCUGAGGACUGCAGCGUAAUGAUCUGGGAGAUUCCUGACGCGGGUCUGACGGUUCCUCUGAAGGAGCCAGUGGUGAAGUUGGAUGGUCACUCGAAGCGUGUGGGGAUCCUUAGCUGGCACCCGACUGCACGCAAUGUCCUCAUGACUGCAGGCUGCGAUAACGUGGUGAUCCUGUGGAACGUGGCUCGCGGUGAAUCCGUGGUGCGAAUCGAGUCCGUACACACCGACAUGAUCUAUAGUGCCUGCUGGAACAGAGACGGCUCGCGCAUCCUUACAUCCUGCAAGGACAAGAAACUGCGUGUCUUCGAUCCACGCAAAGGCACCGUCCUCAUGGAGAAGGACAAGCCUCACGAGGGCUCCAGGCCGGUGCGGGCCAUCUUCGUGUCUGACGGGCAAAUCCUAACCACCGGUUUCAGCCGCAUGAGUGAGAGACAGGUGGCGCUGUGGGACCCGAACAAGUUCAGCGAGCCGCUCACUCUGCAGGAACUCGACACUAGCAGUGGAGUUCUGCUGCCGUUCUUUGAUCCGGACACGGGCAUCGUUUACCUGUGUGGAAAGGGUGACAGCAGUAUUCGGUACUUUGAGGUGACAGACGAGGCUCCGUAUGUGCACUAUCUGUCCAUGUACAGUAGCAAAGAGAGUCAGAAGGGAAUGGGCUACAUGCCCAAGAGAGGACUGGAGGUCAACAAGUGUGAGAUUGCCAGAUUCUACAAACUGCAUGAGAGAAAGUGUGAGCCCAUCGUCAUGACUGUACCACGCAAGUCCGACCUGUUUCAGGAGGACCUGUACCCUGACACGAUUGGUCCGGAGCCGUCGGUCGAGGCUGAUGAUUGGUUCUCGGGUGAAGAAGGGAAACCAAUCCUGAUCUCUCUGAAGGACGACUUCGUCGCCACCACCAAGACCAAAGAGUUUAAAGUCAUCAAGAGCCUCUUGUCCCCUACAUCAGCCCCCGUGGGACAGGGACACAUCAAUGGAGGGGAUCUUCAGUCUCUGCAGAAAGAGGUGAAGGAGUUGAGGGAGUUGGUCGAGCAGUUGACGAAGCGAGUGAGCCAGUUGGAGAGUUGAAGAAGAGAAAACUAAUAUAAAAGCUAGAACAGAGAGAGAGAGAGAGAGAGAGAGAGGUAAAAGAGUGUAGAAGGAAGAGUGAAAACUUAAAGCUUUUAUAUAAACAUUAUUUUUCCUUUUUUUCCGAAACCUCUUUUUAAUAAUGUUAGAACAUUUAAAAUAAAUACCAUCGAUAUUUUAAAUAAAAUUGUUCCUUGUGUCUGAAAAUGACUGAAGUCACACAUCCACGUCCAUGAAUUCCCAUAACAGCUAGCUGUACUGAUGCUUCGUGCAAAGUAUUGGCUCCCCCUCUACUCUAUCGGUUACUCGAGUACAGAACAGACAGUAAAAUGAGCUACAUAUUGACACGUGGGUCUGAGUAACGUUCCAACAUUCAUUUCUUACAUCAAUAACAACCCCCCCCCCCCACCACCACCACCAACACCACCACCACCACGUAAAGCACUUCGAGUGUCUAGAAAAGCGCUGUAUAAAUAUAACCGUAAAAAAACGUUCAGAAAAUCUUUCAUAUUUUCCAGAUUCUUAACCACUAUUUUCUGAAAUUCAGUAUAAACAGAUUCCGUAAUAAACAGGAAACAGAAUCACCACCAAAAGGUAAGAUUUUAGAUUUUAUUUAUUUCCAUAGUAGAAUAACAAAAACCGUAGUAAUAAAAUGUAAAAUAAGUAAAUAAAUGAAGUACCAUAUAUUUAGUACAAAUUUUCUGAAUUAUCGAGUCAAUACAGAAACACUUUAGAUUUCCAAACAUUACUUUUCCAAAAAAAAACCCCAGACAGUCUCCAGACGUCCUGCAGCAGAGUCUCCGGCAUGUUCAGUAAAACAUAUCACCUCGUUUCCUUAUAAAACUUACAACGUGAGACCACUGAUGUUUUUUUUUAAAGCAAAAGGUCAUCACACCAAAUACCCACCUCGUUUUCGUUUAGUUGAGACAUUCGCACGGGACUGUGUGUCUGUACAGGGAGUCUGAAAAAGCCCGAACCAACAGGAAUAUGUUGAACAAAAUCUGCACGUAGAUGACGAGUGAACCGAGCGGAUUCGUGUCAGCAGUUCGCUCGGCCCUGGACACUGGAACUCGGAAAGACGGAACGUUUUUUUUUAUGUCUUACACACGAGUGAAAGAGAAGAGCGGUGCCUGAUGUGGAAAAGAUUUUAUAUUUAUUGAUAACAAACAAAAACAGAAAUGAUGUGAUUUUAAAAUUCUUUCAUAUACUUUAAGUUAAAUUAAUUAAAAGUGGACAUGACAGA